AUGGCGCGAGCACUUAAGCAACUCACUACUUUCUUGACCGAACAAGCGGAAAGAGCAGGGCAAGGAACAGGACAAGGGGCUGCCAAUAACCAGGAAGAGAUUUACCACGGAUUGGACAAGUUCCUGAAGCGAAGUCCGCCUAAGUUUGAAGGAGGAUAUAAUCCGGAUGGAGCUUAUGAGUGGGUGCAAGAACUGGAAAGGAUUUUCGAGACCCUGGUAUGUGCUGAACCUAGAAAAGUGGCUUUCACUAGCUAUUUACUUUCAGGUAAAGCAAGGACAUGGUGGACGAGUGUGAGGGGAAGAAUCACCUCGGAAGAAGGGGAGUUGACUUGGGAAAUCUUCAAGAAUUCUUUUCUGGAGAAGUAUUUUCCGGCAGACGCCAAAGGUAGGAAGGAAAUGGAAUUUUUGGAAUUGAAGCAGGAAGCGAUUACGGCUAAUGAUGAAAAAUCAAAGUGCAUCAAGUUUGAGUAUGGAUUAAGGCCUGACAUUAGGACUGCCGUAGGGCAUGACCAAAUUCAAAAUUUUGCUACUUUAGUGGAAAAGUGCAGGAUUUUCGAAGAAAAUGAAAAGACACAGAAGGAGUACUUGAAAGGGAUAGGUGUGAAUAAGGCACCAAAGAAGAAGGAAGAAGAGAGGAAACCCUAUUUGCGACCACAAGAUCAGGGAAGGAAUCAAUUCAGAAGGACUUGGAACCCAACAGGAGGAUCUGGAUUCCAAGGGAGACCGGGAGGAUUCAAUAAUACCCCAUUCUGCGUGAGAUGUCGCCGGAAUGGACACCGUGCGCAAGAAUGCAUAGUGGUAUUGGGAGGACAAUCGGGAGUGCAACUCGGAGGAAGCGGGAACCCGAAUCCCACCACCGCAGUUGGCGAAGAGAGCAAUAGGAAUGCAAACGUGCCACUCAGAGACAAUAGGAGGGUUGGACGCCCACCCAACAAAGGGAAAGUGUUCGCCAUGACAAUGGAAGAAGCGCCAAAAUCACCGGAGCUCAUUGAAGGUGCAACGCAUUUGUUUAUAUCACACGAGAGGGUCAAGCAAUUUGGAUUGCCAGUGACAAGUUUGGCAUGGGACUUAGAAAUUAGUACCCCAACUAAGAAUACCAGUAAAACCUCUGAGGAUUAG